AACACAUUGCAACACAGAGCAGAGGGGUGUAUCGCAGGAAGUCUAUAAAGGAGAAAGCGCAACUUUUUUUAGCGGCGGAAGCUUUCUCCUCACACUCUUCUGCGGAAGUUUAUCUCAAGUAAAGUCUGCGCGCAACAGGUGUCACUUCUUUCUUUAUGGUCGUUCCGUGAAAGCUCACGACUUAUUUUGCUUGCGGGCGAAGAACAGAAACAAAAGAAAAGUUUUCAAAUUUAGCAAAUAAAAUGUCUCACCUUAGACCCAGGCUCUGUGUGCUUGAGAAAUCGCCCACUGGUUAUGGGUUCCACCUGCACGCAGAGAAGGGCAGAACCGGGCAGUUCAUUCGGCUCGUGGAACCCGACUCCCCCGCCUCCGCGUCCGGGCUGCUCGCGAGAGACCGGCUGAUGUUCGUGAACGGGGAGAACGUGGAGGGCGAGAGCCAUCAGCAGGUGGUGGCGAGGAUACGGGCAACCACGGGGGCUCUGGAGCUUAUUGUAGUGGACCCCGAAACGGCGGAGCUGCUAAGCAAACACGACCUGCGGUGCCGGAGAGAAUACGUGACGGAGGGUAUUCCCCUGCCCAGCGGGGACAGCGACUCGGAGCACGAGGACAAGCGGAGCAACGGCACCCCUGUCCCGCGCGAGAAUGGGGACACGUCCUCGGUGAGGUCGGGGAGUGUGAGCUCCAGCACAAAGGGUGAGAGGGACGGGCCGCGGCCUCGCCUCUGCCACAUGAAGAAGGGCUCCGGCGGCUACGGCUUCAACCUGCACAGUGAGAAGAACAAGCCAGGCCAGUUCAUCCGAGCCGUGGACGAUGACUCCCCAGCACAGAGAGCCGGCCUCCGACCGCAGGACAAGAUCAUCCAGGUCAACGGCGUGUCUGUGAUCGGCAUGCAGCACACGGAGGUGGUGGCGGCCAUCAAAGCCAAAGGCGAUGAGACCACCCUGCUGGUGGUGGACGCCGAGGCCGAGGAGUUCUUCAAGAAGUGCAACGUCCAGCCCGGCGAGGAGCACGUCACCGGACUGCUUCCUGAGCCGGUGUCAGAGAGAGGAUCGGACGAGGAGGUUUCCUCCCAGUUGAAGUCCAAACUGUCUGUGAGCUCCCAGGCUUCCAGUGCAUCAUCCAACGCCUCCCAGCCAGCAGCAGAUCGCAGCUCAACCCCGCCACAGGGCGAGAGGACCCCGGAACCCGAGCCGUCCCCGUCGGGUGACGCCAUGGGCCUGAACAUAUCUCUGGCCCAAGCCAAAGAACGAGCCCAUCAGAAGCGAGCCGCUAAGAAAGCCCCGCCUAUGGACUGGAGCAAGAGGAACGAACUGUUCAGCAACUUAUAAACUCCACGGGAGGGCUCUCUGUUGCCCUCCGGUGGAGAAUCCAGAGACAAUCAGCCUCUCGUUCCGCGCGCAUCUGACGGACGCAAACCAUCUUAAACCACGUUUUAACAGUAUUAUGUCAUGAUUUUAUUGUUUUAAUUUAGAGAUUUGCCACUUCUGUUUGUUUCUUUCUGUGUUUUAAUGACCGCUGGAGAGCCAGCAUCUCACGCAGAAAUUAAUGUAUAUAUUUUAUGAAGAGUAGACGUAGUCGCGUUCUGUUUCUCAUGAGGAGGAGAGCGAGGAAAAUACAAUUCAAAAUUUGAAGUGGGUGAAUCAACAUACAUUUCCUGACAGUCUUGAUUGGUUUUGUUGUCCGUGUACAUAAAUGACCGAUGGGAUUAAAAGGAUCUUUUGGCCGAACUGUUGAGGUAAAAGUCUGAAAUGUUCCUGGUUAUUCUGUUGAUUCUGAUAAAAUCGGUACCAUUUUUAAAGCUGCACCUGCUGGUCCAAUUUUUUUUAAAAAGACAAUGUAUGUUCUGUGCUGUAAAAUGUAAUGAUAAACAAAAUAUAGCAUUUGGAUCAAACAGAGUUGAGUCUGUGUCGUGAUGUAGAUUAGUGAUCCUGGGCUCAGUGGUUCCUUACGUUUCACAGCGGAAAUUUCCAAGAUGACUGGAAAAAUCUUCUUAGUUUUAGAAAACCUGCGAUUAAACACUUUAAAAAAAGAAAGUUAAUAAAAAAUAUUUUUAUUUUUUAUUUUUUUUGAAAGAGACAUACUAUUUCUACGUGGACUACAACAGGAUGCAACUCUUGGUCUCAUUUCUUUCCAGGAUGAUACAGAAUUCAGCAGGAAAUAUAAAUAACAGAGAAAUCAAACAGUGCAAAAAUAUUCCUGAUCGUCAAUCUCUGGAUUACUAUAAUGAAAUGUCCACGACUGGGAGAAGUUCUUAUAAACAUAACAAAAUUAUUGUAUUUUACUGCCAAACAUUUAGGCUUUAAAGAAAACCCACUAAAUUGUUAAAACAAAUUGCAAAUUCGCGGUUUUCAAAUUAAAGACUAAACCUCCAUUGGUGUGCAAACUUUGCAGCUUCUGAGGACCUAUAAAUAAAUCCAGGUAUAAUUUGGCGAUAAUCGGGAUAUUUGCCAUAAUAACGGAGCAAAAACAAAACUGAGAAUCUUUUGUCAGCAGAUGAAGAAACUGAAGACAAAUUAAUAUCCAGGAUGUCACAGGAUUUAAAUAUUGACAUACUGAAGUAUUUGUGAAAUAAUGCUAUUAACUUGCUACAUGUUUUAAUUGGUUUUUUUUAGACUUAUGAUUUUUUUUGACUAUAUAGAACCACAAAACUUUGCUAACCACAAAUUAAAAAAAAAAAAAAAAAAAAAUGGUACAAAAAUGAAAAUAAAUACUUUUUAAUCUGCUUUUCUGAUCUGCAAACACACAAGAAAGCUCAACCUGAAAUGGUUGAUAAAACCAGUCCCAAUGAAUAUUAACAGCAAAGAGAACGAGUUGUCAAAGGGCUGCGACUCAUUUUUGGAUGGUGUGUUUUGGUGGAGAUUUUAAUGGUAGUAGCAACAGAGGCCUUUCCCACGGUGAGCAAUUAAGGUGCUGAAAUCUGAAUUACAUCCCUGUUAGUCCCAGUCACAAUAAUUGAAGCUAAUAAUUUUGCAUGAAAAAGAGUUAUUCUGCUCUCUCUGAGACUGUAAGGACUACUCCAACGCAAAGAUAUCUGCUGCUUCAGCGCCACAUGUUGGCUGGAAUGUAAACAGCGGCA